AUGCCUAGAAGAGCUGAGCUGCUAAACAGUCUUACCAGAGGCCGUGUUCGUGCCUCAUGGAACAAAUACAACUUGUUCAAUCUUUACAAAAAGAGCAGAAUCAGUUUCCAAAGUAAAAACUUUUAUCAACAAAAAUGGACAGCCAAACAAGAAACAAGAGCUUAUCAUGGUGAACAUUUAACUGAAUCAAGAUUCAAAACCAAUUUUUCACAAAAGCUAGAGUCCGUUGCCCAACUAGAUGCUUCAUUACGUGGUGAAACUAGUGCUCGUACACCUGUCCUAUUACAAACAUAUGCUGUUUUGGAGAAAAGAUUAGAUUUCGCUUUAUUCCGUGCCAUGUUCGCUUCUUCAGUCAGACAAGCUCGUCAAUUUAUUUUGCAUGGUAAUGUCUUUGUGAAUGAUAUCAAAAUAACACAACCAGGUUAUCAAUUGAAGCCAGGUGAUGUUUUCCAUUGUAGCCCAGAAAAAGUGUUGAGUGCUUUAGGUGCUUCAAAACCAAGUUUGAAAGAUUCUGUCAAAGUUACAAAAGUUCAAAUAAUAAAAUGGAAUGAAUACGUUACUAGAGCUAAAAAGAAUCCAAGAAAAGUUUGGGAAGAACAACAACAAAGAAAGAAGUCAGAGAGAUUGAGUGAAGAAGAUAAAGUAGCUAUCAGAGAAAGAGUCCAAAAGAUCAAUGGGGAAUUAGAUACACAAAUGAUCAGUAAACAAAAAGAUGAAACUAAAAACAAAAUCUUUUCAUCUGUUUUGAAACUUGGUCUUGGUUCUGAGCAACCAUCAAUUGACACAUUUUCAUCAGCUUUCCAACCAGAAACUGCUAAAUAUGCAUUAGACUUAUUCACAAAGGCCACUUCAUCUAAAGAAUUGAACUCAGAAAUUUUGAAUGGUAAAAAUGAACAAGAAUUGUCAACAAUAGUAAGCUCAGUUUUAGCUAAAGAAAAACAAGAAACAAGAAAUCCUACUGAAAAGAAAAUUAUUUCAGAAGUCAAACAACUAUUAUCAUCUCUUCAUAAUAACCAUUUAGAUGAUAUUAGAGUUUCAUUCAAUGCUAAAAAAAUUGAUGAAGAAGCCCAUGAACUUCCUUAUGACCCAAAAUGGGCCGAUAGUUUAACCUAUCACCCAAUUCCAGAUUUUGCUAAAGCAUUAGAAGAUGAAUCAAGUGCUAAAAUCAACCUUCCGUUCCAAAAGGGUUUAUUUGGACGUGCUGAUAAAAAGAAAACUUACUUCACCCCAUGGAAAGUUAGACCUUUCAUUGCACCAUUUGCAAUUUUACCAUCACAUAUUGAAAUUUCAUUUGAAACUUGUCAUGCUGUAUAUAUGAGAGAUCCAGUUGCUUAUCCAGGUUACUCUGAAGUUAUUUCACCAUUUUCUCUACCUGUUCAUGAACGUGCUUACAUGUGGUACGUUAAUAAAGCUAAACGUCAAAGAGAAUAA